CCCGGUCGAAGGGCACCAAACAGAGUCGAAAAGAUCUCAAAUCUCCACCGACUUGGCGAAGCUGUAGCAUUAUGUUGUGCCCUAUCCAUUACGUUGAGUUACCAAGCAUUAGUUGGACAGAAAGGAAAACCAGUGCCAUGGUGACAAAAACGACUCUAUCACCUGCAUUGUUGCUAUUGUUCUUUUCCGGAAUCUCUUUGUCGGGACUGCUCCUUCUGAGAUUGGGGCUUGGCAGCAAUUUCGUUCUAGCCGGUGCCUUUCGAAGCGCCGCCGAGCACGGGAGGGAAGCAACCAAAGUUCCGGAGGGAAAUGUAGUAGCAGCUGCUGUCGCUGCCGCUGCUACCGGUACUUCGGGUAGCCCCGCGCUCGUUGGCUCCGUGGACGCGGUUUACGAUCUAAUGGACCGCGUGCUGAAAGAUCCCACCGCCAAGAAUUCGUUUCGGCUUCGCAUCGUCAGCGAAAGCGAAACUGACAACGAAAACGAAAACGAAAGCGACGCGGAGGACAACAAGAACGGCAGAGACUCGUCAUCGGCACCGACGGCUGGGUCUUGGUUUCGAUUGGAACAGAAGCAGCAGCAGAAGCAGCAGCAGCAGGAGAGCAACGGCGAUCCGCCGGGCACMGGCGACACCACGAUCGUCGUCACCGCAACCUCGGCGAGCGAACUCACCGCCGGCCUCGGCUACUACUUCAAGCACUAUUGCAACUUUACGAUCGAAUGGUCGUCGGGGGGCCGGGCGGGGGGCUCCCACAUCGCCCUGCCCGAGGCGUGGCCGGUCCCCCUCGGCCCCGGACCGGCCGUGGUACGCCGCCGGACCACCCAGUGGAGGUACGUACACUUGUGUGGGGACGGCGGUCGGUGCGCUCGCUCCUUGCGGGCGUGGUGGAUCCAUAUUCGCAACCGUGAGGCUCAUACGCCACUUGGGAUUGCCUCGGAAGCCUUCCAUUGCGGUGUGUUGCGUCUCUGAUGGUUCGUCUUGUUGUUGUGGCUCUCUUUUGCUCUUCUGUUGCGGUGUGGCACGCUUCGCAGCUACCUGAUGAAUGUCUGCACCCACAGCUAUUCUCUGGUGUGGCACGAUUGGUCUGCGUGGCAGAGCCUCAUCGACAACAUGGCCCUCCGUGGAAUCAACAUGGUCCUAGCCCUCACGGGGCAAGAAGAAAUCCAGUACCGGGUCUUUUCGAAGCUGGGACUCGGGGACCACGACAUUCGGUCCUGGUUCAACGGGCCCGCCUUUUUGACGUGGAGCCGGGGGCAGAACGAGUACGGGAGUGGGAUCGCGGGCCCGCUGCCCCGGUCCUUUAUGAAAUCGCAGUGGGCCCUGCAGCGGGACCACAUACUGCCGCGGCUGCGCAGCCUCGGGAUGGUGGGCAUCCUGCCGGCCUUCCAGGGUAACGUUCCGGUGCAGCUCGCGAAUCUGUACAAGGACUCGAACAUGACCAAAGAAGGCGAUACGGGAUGGAUCGAUGCCCUCGACCCCUUGUUUCUGGAAAUCGCCGACCUGUGGAUGGCCCAGUUGAUCGAGGACUUUGGAACGGAUCACUAUUACCAGUUGGACGGGUGGUUCAAUGGCGGUGUGCCACCCUGGAUGACGACGCCCCGUGGUGGGCUGACCACGAGCCAGRCAAGAAGGCGGCGAUCGCUAGAGACACAAAGCUCCUCCGUUCGCAGGACUGCCGGGGCAAUACCACCGACGGUUGUUCCCAGGGACGAAGAUUGGUACCGCAGGGGACAAGCGGCCUAUGCCGGAUUGAACAGAACCGAUCCGGAUGCGCAUUGGAUGUACCAGGGAUUUGCCUUUGUCGKUUGGGAAACGCAAGAACAAGCCUCGUAUGUCAAAGGAUUUGUAGACAGCGUGCCACACGGAAAGUUCAUCGUGAUCGACAUGGAAUAUUCUCCGGACGGGGAGUGGCAAAAAUGGGCCAAUGCUUCCUUUUUCGGAGCGGUGAGUGAAACGGUCUUSAUCUCCGAGCUUAACUAGCGCGAAGACCGACGUGACGUUCUAAGAAAGAAUCUCUCGACCCGGAAUUGCUUGGUCUCUCACUGUUUCUCUUGCUGAAUGGACCAUUUCUACUCUACCAAUGAAAAGCCGUUUAUUUGGACAAAAUUACACAACUUCGGAGACACAACCGGAAUGCGUGGCGACAUCGACCAUUUGAAUUGGGCGUUUCCGUACCAGGCAUUCGAAGCUCAGUCGUCGAUCAUAGGGAUCGGCGCAACUCCAGAAGGGAUCGACCAAAACCCAAUGUACUACGACUUUCUGUAUGAUCAGAAUUUCCGUCCCGAACCUGUAGAAAAUCUCACGGCCCACUUGAUUGGCCUUGCGCACAAGCGGUAUGGGAUACAAACUAGCGACGAAAAUGUCGACCUGGCAUGGUGGCACUUGUUGAGGAGCUCGUACAGUAACGACUUUAGCGUGCAGGAUUUGACAGGUGUUGCCCAUCUAAACCCUCGACCAUCUAGCUCUCUUUUUGAAGACGACAGAUCCACUCCCAAACCUUUAAUGUGUUCUCUAUUCCAUGCUUGGAAUUAUCUAAUACACGCCGGAGACAACAUGAAGUCAUCAACAGACCCAUUUUUGUACGAUCUUGUCAAUGUUGGAAGAGAAGUCCUGGCUCAGUUGUCAACACCCAUGGCCUUGAAUUUUUCUGACGCUCGAUCGAAAGACUCGAUGGACUACCAGGAGCUUGUGCAAACAGGGGAAUCAUACAUUGAUUUGUUGAUUGAUUUGGAUCUUCUUUUGGGAACCAACAUUGCAUUCUUGGUUACCCCUUGGCUUGAGUCUGCGCGUCGUCUUGCUCGAGAGGAUGCAACAGGAGGGACUCARAACGAUUGCUUUUCGCCUAUUUUGGGUAACCAAAGCAACCCUGGCUCCUGUUCGAGGUUUUACGAAUUCAAUGCCAGGACUCAGAUAACAACGUGGAACCCAACUCCGCACGGUGCAGACGAAGUUCCUGGAGGUCCAAUAGACUACGCGGCGAAACAAUGGAAUGGAUUGAUCCGGGGUUACUACGUAAAUCGGGCAAAGAUUCUUCUUGAUCAAGCGCUUGAGGAUCAACAAAAGGGCCAACCACUAAACUCUACAACAGUCAAACGAAUUUUUGCUGCCCACGCAUACGAAUGGACGACUGCAGAGAGCAGCGACUCGGUCGUUCCUCCCUCGACUUCCCUUUUGCACAAUGAGCGACGAAGUAUUCUUCGAGGGACUCUCGAGAUGUCGAAAGAGAUGCUUAAAAAAUAUUCCACUUGGCUCAAAACAUGCGGGCACGAAAUCAACGAAAGUCAGCAUUCAAAAAGUUGAGGCAGAAGUAUUGGUGAAGGAUUAUUUUGCCGCGGACUCUCCCUGAACGUAUACGACACGUAGCGGUUUCGAUUGUAUUGAUAGGUGGUGCACAAUAAUCAUUCAUGAGAAAGGCGUGUCAAGAGUCGCAGCUCUGUUUUGUCGAUUCUUUUAUCUCUAUGUUUUGUAUUUCCCGUAAAGCAUAUCAYAGAUCAUUUAGUCUUUUGAAAGCUGCGUUUGGUUCAUCACUGAUGUUUGAACAUUGCGUUCAAAUAUGAUAGCGAUUGGUCUUGCCGAAUCCCUAAGACGGUUACAGACAUCAGAAAGCGUUUCGUUCUUGACAUCGUGUUCCUCAAUUGCAACUAUGACGUCCCCACUAUUCACCUU